GCCAAUUCACAUUGCACACUUAAGAUCUUUGCGCUUUGCUCAGAAAAAAAAGUAAAGGGAGUAGUAAUAAAAUCAGGACCUGCAGCAUGUGGGAAGAGGGCUUACCACACCUCUGAGAGGAAGGGGAAGUCUCCGUGAGAACCAAUCUCCAUCUAUGACAGAGCAGAGAAGAGCAGAUGCCAGGCACCCGGGAGGCCACCAGCACCAGCCUCUGCCGCUGACAGCAUGCCCUGGUUGCUUCUGCCCCUCACGCUUGUCUUCUCCUUCAGCCCAGGUAAACGCUGCAGCAGACUCAGGGAACACAGCUUCACAAGACAGCUCAAACCCACUGACGGUGAAUGGGGUUCUGGGGGAGUCGGUAACUCUUUCCCUGAAGCUUCCUGUACAUCAGGAUAUUCAGUCCAUCACCUGGCUUCACAAUGGAAAAUCUAUCAACUUCAUAUUGCCAAAAGCUGCUCCAGAUUUGCGGAUCUCGGUGACUGAUCCAAAACGGAAAGAUCGACUGCAACUGAUGGAGAACUACUCCUUACAACUCAGCAACCUGGCAACGGCAGACGCAGGACUUUACUGUGCCCAGAUAACCACACAAACCUCUACAGAGUUUUCCUAUUACACUCUGCAGGUCUUCAGACGACUGAGGAACUUACAAAUUGCCAAUCACACGUGGCUGUCUGAGAUUGGGACCUGUGAGAUCCACCUGACCUGCUCUGUAGAGAAUUCAAAUGACACCUUCUUAAGGUGGCAGGUUGUAGGAAACACGUCUAUAAAUGAAGCAAACCUCACUAUUUCCUGGGACCCCAGGAAUUCCAGUGAACAGAAGUUCACCUGCAUAGCUGAGAAUACUGUCAGCAAUAUAUCCUUCUCUGUCUCUACCCAGAGUCUCUGCGAAGGUGUUUUGAAUAUGAAAAAUCACCCUGAUACCAAAUGGAUUAUAAUUGUGGUUGUGGUUACUUUGAUAUGUAUAGUCAUCACUGUGGGGUUACUUGUUUGGAGGAAAAAAGAUUGUUUGUGGAGGACAGGCAUCUUUCAUUUCUCUACUCCACAAACCCAGAGUCCUGCAGAGACCAUAAGGAACUUAGAUUAUGUCUCCAUCUCUCCAGGGAACACCGUGUAUGCUUGUGUCACUCAUCCAAACAGGCAAACAAAUAUCCCAACACCUGUGAAAAGCAGUGAUUUCUCCACCAUUUAUUCCACAGUUCAUCAGUACAAAGAGAGUAAACCUAUUUCUUCCAGGACAACUGCCCUUGACAACGUCAUCUAAAUUGCUGAGAGGUCUCAAAAGGAACUCAGGAAUGACACAGCUUCUCCUGAUCUCAUGGGACAGAACACAGCUUGUUUUCUGCCUGGCAACAGAAUUUGAAUAUUUAGGAUUAUCACUUCUAGUUCUUUGGACUAGAACCUGCUCAAGUACGUCAGACAUCUAAGGAACAACAUAAUUUCCAGCGUGUGAUCCAAAUAACAUUUUCUAAUCUGCUCCAGGCCAAAACAUGCUUCCAUGAACAAGCCUGGACAUUGACUUUCUCUUUGGCAGCUGAUGGAGUUGUGCUUGACAGAGAGUUAUAAUUCAGAAGACAGCCACUCCUCUCCUUUUAGAAAGGAGCAGGAUUGUGAUUCACUGGGAGAGAGUACAGUGUAUUUAUUAUGUAUGUUGUCUCUGGAAUUGGCUGGGCCUUGUCCCAAAUCCUCACACAUCACUUCCUAGACAUACCUCCUGGGACAUGUUCUGGAACCUCUUGAGGUCUGGUCUCCUAGACUGAAAAAUGGGGAUCAGCCUGUUACUCAAACCAGGAACCAGAGUUAGCCUUGACUUCAGCUGUUCCAUCACCAGGCCCUUUGGACUCUACCUCCAAAUACAUAUCUUAGACUGACCCACUUCUCUCCAAAACUUUAACCUCCACCUUAUAUUAACCCAUCAUCUUGUCCAACCUGGAAUACGACAGUAAGCUCCAAACAGAUUGCUCCAAUUUUUGUUCUUAUCUCCCUCCAAUCCAUUCUCUACAAGACAGCCAGAGUAAUAUUUUUAAUAUAAACCAGACCCUUCAUUUGUCUGCUUAAAACUGACCCUGCAAGACAUCCCAGGCACUCCAGAAAGAAACUGAGUCUCUGUGGUUCUGGAUGGCCUGGCCCAUCUGCAGCCUCAGCCACCAUGUCUCCCUCCCACCCCCUCUCUGAUUUGGCUUCUCUGAUUCUCUUUCAGCCCCUCCAUCAGAGGAGAGAGUUUACUCACAUCUGCCUCAAGACCCUUCUCUGCUUGCCUGGUUCCUCCCUACUCUACAGGUCCCAGUGCAUAUAUGUCAUUCUCCAAGAAAGACCUUCAGACCACUGUAACUGAAGUGGAUCCCCCUGUUAUUCUGUCACACCUUCCAUGUCAUUUACAUUGUGCCAUUAAAUAUUUAUUUGUAUUUAAUGUCUGUUUCUCCUAUUCUACUGUACACUCUCCAGGAACAGGGACCACGACGAUUUUAUCUCUGUAUCCGGAGCAUCUAGCACAUAGAAAAUGUUCAACAAAUACUUUUUAAUAAAUAAAUGAAUAUGUAGUGGAGUUUUGUGAGAAUUAAAGACAAUGUGCCUGCAGCCCUUUGUGUGGGGCGUAACACAUGAGAGAGCUCGAUAAGUGUGAGCAUCGCCGUGGCGCUGUUGCUGUUAUGAAAUGUUGCUGUGAUGAAAUUGCAUUCCUCCUGAACCGACAGAAUCUUCUCACAAACGCUCAGCACAAGAAAGGAGGAAGGAUGCCUCCUCUGUCACCUGGUUCCACAUCACUUCCUACCUUUUAUCUCUGCUCAGAUUUUAAAAUUUCAUUCUUUUAUCCCCAGGGAAGAAUUCUCUGAUUUUUUUGUGUGAGUUUGAGAUCUUUAAACAAAUUGUUUUUCAACACUUUAUUGAGGUAUGAUCGAUAUACAAAAAACUGUCUGUACUUAAUGCACACAACCUAAUGAGUUUGGAGAUAAGUAUACAUUUGUGAAACCAUGACCACAACCAGUACUAUAAACA